AUGGAAAAGAUUGCCGAUGCGCAUGCCCGACGCGCCAUGAAUGAACCAACACCUCCUUAUAUAUCGAUCCACAUACGGCACGGCGACUUCAGCCAGCAAUGCGAGGAGUUUCCUGUGGAUCAGUGCUUCGCCCCAUUGUCUGUCAUUGCGCGCAGGUCGGUGUCUGAGGUGCAAGAAGAGCUUCGCACACGAAAAGGAAUUGAUGCUACACAUGUUAUCAUGACGAGCGAUGAAAGGAACCCAGAAUGGUGGCCAGAUGUUGGGGCGUUGGGGCGGACGUGUGCAGCGGAACGGACAGUAUGGAAAAUGUCGAAUGGAGCUGGCUUCGUUGGCACUCGUGGUUACACGAUGUCCACACUAGCUAACCGUAGAGUACAGUCGUAG